GGGGGGAAACAAAUGUGACUUGGGUGAAGGUGGAGGGGAGGGAGUGUCCUCCACUUGCAGCAUCAUAAGGGUGAGCAGCGGUGCUGGAGGGCAGGCAGCCACCUCACCUUGUGCUGCCCGUCCAUUGGAAAGACACAAAGUAAAGAAUGCUGAACUGUCUACUGAAGGCAGAAGAGACUUGCAGACCAGAGGCAAUAGACUUCCACAUGCAGAUGUUUGCAGAGGCACCCUGCUCCAGUGACUGCAUCGUGUCUAGUGCCCUGCAGCGUCAGAUUUGCAGCCUUGUGUUGCUCUGAAGGCGAUGCUGUAGAAGGAUAUCCCUUAUACCUCGGCAGGCAAAGCAUAUGCUUGCACUUUGUGCAAGGAGAUACCAGAGGAGAUCAGUCGUGGCCAUCAGUCCUCCUUGAUGCCUGUCAGUGGUAGGGAGGUAAUGUCCUAAGACAGCAUGCUCUCUGAACUAGUACUUAAAGGCUCAACGAGAUUUGGACUGACAGACAAAUCUGGAUGUGAUGAGAUCCUAGAGACAGAGUGUGUGUGCCUUAGAGAUAAAGUAGUGAACACUGAUUGGAGAAAAUAUGUUGUUACAACAAAAACUUCUCUAAGUGACACUCUUCCAUAUUUUAUUUUUUGCACAACUGUGUGUUCAGAGACUCCUGAGCUUUCUAUCCAUAAUGCCAAAGGCAGGUGUUAAAUGCUCCAAUCGAAGUGUAAAGAAAAUAGAGUAAUAAUUAAGAAAUGAGAAGGAUUUCAUUUUCGUUUCUUUGUUUUGCAGCAGAACUUAAUAAAAUAAAAUUAUAUUUUCCUGAGCAUUAAAAUGAAUGUACAAACAGUAGCUGAAAUAUGGACCUGGCUGUACUGUGUUUUCCAACUGUCUGACUGAAGAAGUAUUAUCUGGUGAAUCUGUCCUGUAAAGUAACUGUUGGCAGAAGUGGCAACCCGUAGGGCUAGCGUGCCAUGCGUGUGUGUAUGUAUACAUAUGUGUUUGCGUGUGUGGUGUAUAUCUUUAAUGACACAAUUAUACACAAGUGAUACUGUUUGUUAUACCUUGCAAGCACUAUUUAAGAAAAAAAAACAACCAACCAACAAUACUGUGUUCCUCUGCUAUCUUUUUUCAUUAGCAAAGAGAUGGCAAAUAUUUGAAUGAAUGAAUGAGAUCUUUGUGCAAUAUAUGGUAGCUACAGAUGUGUCUGUUACUUCAUCACGAUCCCUUGGUGAUGUGAGAAAGCUUUGUGUCACUGUCUCUGAUUCUUAUACAUGCUCUUUCUCCAAAUGCUCAUUUGAAGGUGUCAUCGUUCAGGGUGCUUUUGACAUAGAGCUACAAAAAUGGAUUGGAUUUAACCCCAAGUUGGGCUAUGUUUAACACCCACGUAAGCUGAAUUUCACAAUCAGCUUUGGUGAAAUUCUGGUAAAAAUCAGAGUUACAGCUGCUCACUGACUUCUUUCCUGGAAGUUCAUGUUGGAGCAACUUCCUCGAGAUUAAACAAAACCCAAAGCUUUUGCCCUGCUGUGACGGGGCAUCGAGGAAAGAGGAGUGUGCAAAGGCUGUUUUUUGCAAGUAUGAGACUGAACCAUCAUUGUAACAUAAGAGCUUUACUGCUGUUUGCUACAGAUGAAUAAUUUUCCAGAAUGUGUAUUGCACACCACGUGCCAAGUAUUUUCUGAAAUACAGUUCUUUUAUAAGCCUCGACUCCACGUCCAAAUGUGAUUUACUGAAGGUGAAACCAACUGAUGCUUUAUCAUGUCUGUUCCAUGUAUAUGUGUGUUCUGGCACUUCAGGAGAAGGGCUCAGAGAUGGACACUGUUCAGUGUUUGUUGUGUUAUUCUCAUCUAUUACACCUCAAUAUGUCAGUUUAUUCAGGAAAAAGCAGCAGGGAGCACUUCCUUGGCGUUUGUUUUUGUUACUUCUUUGGAAACCUGAUGAAGAGGCUUCAGUGAUCAUCGAGUCCAACUGCUGGGCUGCUCUGUUAACACCAAAAGUUGGAGCUCAUUAUUAAGGGCAUUGUCAGAAUGCCUCUGGAACACUGGGAUAUCAACCAGCUCACCAGGAAUCCUGUACCACUGUUUGACCACUCUCAGGAUAACAGAGCUUCUCCUAACGUGCAGUCUGAGCCUCCCCUGGCCCAGCUCUGUAGGAAGACUGCAGAUUCCUGCUUCUAAGUUGCACAGCUGUUGCAGUAAAUUGAGUCAUUUUUUGAGUCUCUCUAUUGCUAAAUGAGAGUUUUGCAAAACACGCUUUGCCUGCUGGAAGAAUACAGAAAUUAACUGUAAACAUAGCUUUGAGUGAGAAGAAGAGAAUCGCUGCAGUGCAACAGAGAAGAAAUAAGAUAGGCAGCAGACCUGCAGCAGCAAGAGAAGCAGAAGGCAAACAGGUGCCUGCAUGUUCUAGUCUGUUCUGUUCCCAUGUUUUGAGGAAGAUGGGUCCAUCUACAAAUGGAUACAACUGAUGAACGUAGCCUACCAAAGGACAACAAGAGAAAUACCCCCACAGCCCAGGGAAGUAAUUCUUAUUCCUUUAUGGACACAUGCUAUUACCUGUACAUCAAGAAGAGAUUCUCCUUCAGUUCAUUCUUGAAGUUCUAAUCACUACCUGGCCAGGCCUGAGAUGCUGAGCUCCUAACUGGGGUCAAGACCACAUCUCUUUGGUAACACGGGGUCAGGCCAGCACAGGCACUCCUGUGAGCUGCAGCUUCAGAUCGACACAUGAGCAAAGUAUUCCAUUUCCUUUGCCAGCUGGAGCAAGCCCUUGUUUUCAGCUCUUUUGCUAUUCAGCAGACCACAGAUUUUUCUAGGAAUAUCAGCUGAUUGCAAGGGGCUGCACGAUAGAAGGAAGGUGAAUAACUGGGAACUAACAGGGCAUUCUCAUUCUCCUCCCUGGGGAGUGCUGCUUCCUGGUACAGCAGAUACAGCCCUUUCUAGCGUGUGACCUACUGAAAAAGUACAACUUCUAACUGCUAUUCCCACAGGAACCACGCAGGAAUUUCUUUUUCCGAGUUGUGAGAUGAAGGGAUAAAUAUUUAAGUUCUUUUUUUAAAAAAAAAAAAAACGAGAGCUAUAUGAGGAUUUGCUAAUUCUUUUCACAUGGGCCACCGAGGAGCCAAUAUGUGGUAAAUCACAUUCAGCUGUGUGCAUUCUCCCCUCCCCUGCCUGUGGCCUGGGUUUGGACCGCUGCCCUGGAGAUGAAACAGUGCAGCUCUCGGUCCAAGUCACCAGACGUGGAAGAUACCACAUCACCUGGUCUCCGUGAAGUGAGUGCCUCUGCUUUGCACAGCCCAGUCUUCCCACCUCGGCCUCCAGCACGGAGAAAGCGAUACACCAUCACACCUGGCCACUUGAAAUGGGACCACUUCAACCUGACCUACAAAAUCCUGUCCUUCCCAAGAAACCUCAUAAACGCCAGGGACACGCGCAAGGGACUAGCAGCUGCAUUCCGAAUGUGGAGUGAGGUUUCACCAUUCAGCUUCAGAGAAGUGCCACGCCACGUACCUAGUGACCUGAAAAUAGGCUUCUACUCUAUCAAUCACACAGACUGUCUGGAGUCUCUCAUUCACCACUGCUUUGAUGGAACAACAGGGGAACUUGCCCAUGCCUUCUUCCCACCCAACGGGGAAAUCCAUUUUGAUGACCACGAGUACUGGAUAUUAGGAAAUACUCGGUUCAGCUGGAAGAAAGGUGUUUGGCUUACAGAUCUGGUACACGUAGCAGCUCACGAAAUAGGACAUGCCUUAGGACUCAUGCACUCCCAAAACCCAAAUGCUCUCAUGCACAUCAAUGCUACUUUGACUGGGAAAAAGACCAUCUCUCAAGAUGAAGUCUGGGGAAUUCACAGACUUUACGGAUGCAAGGACAGAUUGUUCAUGUGCCCGCUGUGGGCCCGAAAAGGUUUCUGCGAGAAACGUAAGAAGUUGAUGAAAAAGCACUGUCCAUUCGCCUGUGACUUCUGCUACGAAUUCCCAUUUCCAACAGUUCCUCCUACUCUGCCACCUCCAAGGACAAAAACCAAGACCGUUUCUGAAGGCAGGAAUGUCACCUUCCGCUGUGGACAGAAGAUCAUCCAUAAAAAAGGCAAAGUUUACUGGUAUAAAGAUAAGGAGCUUCUGGAAUACUCAUAUCCAGGUUACUUAUCCUUAAAUGAGGAUCACAUGAGCAUCAUUGCAAAUGCAAUUAAUGAAGGAACUUACACUUGUAUAGUAAAGAAAAAAGAAAGAAUCUUGACCACUUAUUCCUGGAGGAUCAGACUGAGACAUUAACAAGGGCUCUGGCAUGAGAACAACUCUAUUUCAAAUUCACAAUCUGUCUUUAGCAUUUUGUAUUUAAACUCCAGUAGUGCAAAUGAACUUCUAAAUCAGCUGCUUCCGUACCUUGAGCAAGAGAGACUCUGGGACUUCGUUACUGGAAAUAAGAACUUUUCUAAACCAGUUUUAAAGGUAAAGAAUUCAUCAAGCAUGUGAUGUACAGAGAAUUAAAAAAGAGAUUGAAAAAAAAUCAAGUGUAAGAGUUUGCAGUUCAGCUGGAUCAGUGGACUGCUGAAAAAUGAGAACAUAACCCUUCAGCAAACAAAUGGAUGAACAGACUGAUGGCACAUCUAUGUUGCAAUGGAGUCAGAGGUAUUGUGGAAAGAGAAUGACCAGUAAAUGCGCUGUAAGUGCUUUUUUAUCUUUUUUAUAUCAUGACAUGUAGGUCUAUAAGAACGUUAAAAAAAGAACUACUUUUUCUUUUAGUGGGCAGAAGGAAGAUGUAGGGUCACAACAAACCCAAAUUACUCCAUUUCACACUAUGACAUGCUCAGUUAAGCUGUGCACAGAAUAUCUCCCUUCCACCCCCCAAUUACUUUCCUGUGGUGUCUAUUCAUUAUUUGUGUAAUCUUAGCCCAGCAUACUAUCUACCUCCAUCUGCAGCUCCUCAUAACUCAUCCUUUUGGUGUCUGAUCAAUAAGUUUCUUGACCCUUCCAACAGAGGUAAGGUCAUUUCCAUCAUCACACCCAGUCACUAACAGGUGAGGUGGAUGCACCACAUCCAAAAGAGAAAUAGCAUUUGUUUUCUAGGCAAAGCCCAGUGCACGCAAACAUCUAUCAGCUGGGAAUUCAUUUGUGCAGUUACAAACCCUGACAGUUAUUGUAUUUAAUGAGUACCUGAAAGAAAGAUCCUUAUCCAGUAUUAAGGCAGCCUACAUCAUUCUCUGCUUAGGUUCGUCCACUUUUAGUUGCUGUCUUAAUCUCUUCAAACAUGUUUCUUCCUACCUUAAGCAUCUCAUGUAUUGCAGAAUAGGUCAGCAUUCUAGGAAGAGCUCUGUACCAGGACAGCAAAAGCAUAAGGGAAAAGUAAGAAACUAAUAAGAACAGUUUGGUACAAUUGCAGUGACAGUAAUUUUACUGGCAGACAUCUAGCAUGAACUCAGCACAUCUCCAUUUAACAGAGCAGUGCAACACCACAUGGAUCCGAGCAUCUUAAAGCAGCUCUGUUUUUGGGAUUUGGAAAAAGAAACAAGAACAAUGAGCUGAUCAGCACAGCCUUCAACAGCUAUCACAAGGUGAAGUCAACACUUCGGCUGCAAGGGCAGAUCCAAAGUCUUUCAUUUCACAACUUAACAGUUUUGUAAAUACAUCAUUUAUGAUUACUGAGUUUUGUACAAUUUCUCCAAAUCCCAUUUACCUCCAUUGAUCUCGUAGCACUCUCCACCUGCCCUGUGCUUCUGGCAGGCAGUGUCUGUGCUGGAGUUCAACAGAUAAGGACCCGCUUUGCCACAAGAAUGUCCUGCAAGUCACCUUCCAAAACUGGCAGCUGACCUCAAGGCCAGUGGAAAAAGAAACCAAGGAAAAAAGUCACAAUUUAAGACACCAGGCCAUGAGACAGCUCUGCAAUGCAUCCAGUGUUCCAUUGACACAAAUGGCAUGGCCUGGCACUCUGCUGUGCACAUCUGUUCUGGCUGCAAUUUCAAGGCUAACCCAACAAAAUCUUCAAGGAACUCAGGAAAAAAAAAGAAAAGAGAGGAAUUUCUGUACAGAAGCCAACCAAAAAACUUAAGCUCUCUCCAUCUCCUGCCCAGGACCACUGCAUGACAGCUUCCAUGUGCUGAGAAUUAGAUUUGCUGGUAUGGAAAACAGCUCACAGAUUUGGUGAUGCCCUCAAGGUAAGCAACAAAACUCACUUUCUCUUGGAAUACACUUUGAUUUUAUAAAAAUAAAGAUCGCAGUAAGCCAACAACAAAAUAAAUACCUAACCUACAACAGCGCUGUGAUUGCACCGCACACUUAUGCACUGGAACCUCCGUGUUUUUCUAAAAGAUUUAUCUUUGCAGAUUUUCCAUGGUUGAAAUCAGUUAUUUAAGACGACACAAUUUCAAAGUAAUUGAAUUUUAUAGCUCUGUUCCUGGUGAAACAGUCCUGAAAAUGUUUUAUCUUUACUUGCCUUUUGCAUAACUUAUUGUUUGAUUAAAAGCCAAUAACUCCUCUCA